UGGUUAAAAGGUUAAAUUUAAUUGACAAUAUGUUUCUACAUAAUUUUUGGAUAAUAUUUACAAUAUUAAAUUUCUGUAGAAGGGAUAUUUAAAUGUCUGUGUGUCAUCCUAAAUGUGCUAAAGCCAACCAACGUAAAUUAGACUAUGAAAAAAAGCUGCAAGCUGAAAAAAAAUUACAACGAGAGACUGAUCAUCAUUAUCAUGAUAAAACAAUAAGAAAACAAUUAACAUAUUCAUCAUCAUAUUCAUCGAGUGUUGAUGAACAAAAAAAUCGACAAUUUAAAUUUGACAAAUUAGGUACAAGUGAAUAUCAAAGUGACUCAAAUUCCAAUGAGAGUAUAGUAUUGAGUCAUGUAAUUUUGCCAGAUGAAACAUCAGUCACACCAGUUCCAUCGUUCACUAAAAAACGUCAUCACAAUUUGCUGAGUGAAAAAACUCCAAAAUGUACUCCUCAAGAUGUAAAAAAAGCUAGCUCAUCUAAAAAAAAAUCACCAAAGCAUACGAAAUUAUCCUCAAAAAAUCCAUCACCAGAUAAUCCUCGUAAUGACAAAACAUAUGACAGAAUAUCAGCUGGUAUAUCAUUAUUGGUCUCUGAUCAAUCACAUCACAGUGAACACAAUACUGACACAACAACUGGCACCACAAAAUACUUUGAUGGCUACAUUUUAGCAAAUGAUUCAUACGACAAUGAACAAGAUAAUUUUAAAUAUUCAAGUCCAUCUAUCAAGGUUAAUAAUAAAAAAAAUGUAGUAAAAUCAAAUAAAAAACAUCAAGAUGACGAUGAUGAUGAUGAUAGGUCUAGUCAAGAUAAUUCAUCACAUUAUCCAAGUUGUCCUUCACUCUAUGAAAAUGACAAUUCAACAUCAGCCAAAGACAACAAGACAAAUAUUAAAAAUAAAAAAAGUCCCAGGGAAAUUUUAUUUGAACAAGUUAAGCAUAAAAAAGAGGUUGAGUUUGUUAAUCAUAUUGGAGAUUGGCGUUGCUUUGAUGAUUUAUGUUUUUGUUCACUCAAGUGUACCACCAACAUAUUUAAAGAUAAAUUUGUCAAAAAAAUUGUAACUUCUGCAGUAUUUUGCUGUCUUGGUAUACGUUUGUGUCGAGAGCUUGACUCUUGGUAUAUUCCAUUUUAAAUUUUAUUUUUUAUUUUUCAUAUUAAUACACAAAACAUAACAAAAUACAUAAUAUUUUCAAUAAAAUCUUUGAUUUUUCUUUUGUCUUUGUUGUACGCUUAAUGUGCAAAUAAGUGUUAUUACAACAAUUAAAAUAAAUAUGAAAAAUAUUGUAUAAAUAGCUGGAGUAAUGUAUUUAUCAUCAUGUUGUUUUUGAUAAAUCACACGAAAUGAUAUAUCAUCAAGUAAAUAAUCAACAGUUUGAUUGUGUAAAUUAUUUUUCAAGCUUCUUGAUUUACGUACUCGUUGAUCUGAUGAGCUACAAUUUAUAAUGCAGUCAUUAACAUCUAGACAACCAGUAACCUUGACACUCAUUGUCAUUUCAUCGCUUUCCCUCAUAUUGUCAAACAUAAAUGCUUCAAAGAUGAAAUACGUUUCAAGAGACGAUACUUGAUAUUGUUGUCUUGAUGUUAUUCUAUCAAGACUAGGAUUUAAACAACCAUUUCCAUCAAGAAUCCAAAGACUAUUUAUUAUAUUUUUUUUUCUAUUAUUAUUUUCAACAUAGUGCAAACUUACAUCACUUAUUUUUGAAUACUUCCAGCCUAAAUAAAUAAAUAAAUAAAUAA